GUGCUUGUUUUUCCUCACUUCCUCUUUGGACAUGAUUGUGCCGCAAUAAAGAAUGAAGAAGCGCUGUUGUGAAAGCAUUUUCUGAUAAAAAAGCCAAAUGCAGAAGCAAGUAGGCACACACCCCCAUAGUAGGGAGGGACGUCAUGAUUUAUUUCAGGCUUUUGCAGGAAAUCACCACGUAAAACCAAAAGCUGAACUUCACAAAGAUGAUCGAACGGCAAUUCAUUCUUCUUUUUCUGCUACUAUUUAAAGUCAUCCGUGGAGAGGACACCAACAUCUAUGUCGCGGCGGGUGAUGUGGCAACUCUGCCCUGCCGGAUGGCUUCCUGCUCCGAUUUGGAAUGGUCGUAUGCUCCGGGCUAUGACCCGCCAAUAAAGGAAGUGAAGGACGGGCGAGUUGAGAUCCGCUCGUCCAGGAGCGGGCGCCUCAGCGUGAAAGACGACUGCUCCCUUCUCAUCCAGGGGGUGACAGCGGAUGACGCCGGUCUCUUCAAGUGUCAACUGCAUGAUCCAAAUGAAAGAGUUUUCUUGACGGUGAUGACACUGACGUGGUCAUCAUGGGAUCCGACGAAAGAUGGCGAAGGGGUCCUGAAAUGUUCCGUGGCCUGCUGGCCCGUACGCGAGUGCCGUUGCGGGAGGUUCCGCUGGAGGGACGGGGAAGACCGGGAAUUUCCAAAGGAACGUUUUAGACAGGACCACUGCGAGUCCACUUUCACAGUACCUCCCGUCGACCGGGACCGGAACUACACGUGCCAGUACGUGAGGAAUGAAGAGGUGAGGGUCCGAGCCUGGCACACGUUCGACUUCCCGAGCGUGAACGAAGAAGGGCCGGCAGCGCCGGGGCUCGACCGGAACGUGCUCAUUGGCAUCGGAGCGGGCGCGGCCGUCCUGACCCUCGCGCUGGUCCUUGUGGCAGUCCUCGUCAAGUCCAGAAGGAACACGAGCCAGGAUGUCUCCAAAGCCGAAGAAAGCAACUCCACCUACGCUAGCAUCACUUACGACUACAAGACGGGAACUCCGGGCCAACAGAAGGACGAGACAACGGAAGAGCCCGAGGCCGGCGUGACCUACGCCACCGUCAGCGUAAAGAAGAAAAAGAAAGGCGACGACGCCCAAAAACAGGUUCAAAAAGAGGAAGCAGAAGGCGCGGUGACGUACACGGCCGUCAGGAGGGCGACGGCGUCGGCCAGAAUCCCGCUCGACUAAGAUGUCAACAAACCCGCAGAAACACACGUGACAAAGUUGAGGGAGGAAAAAAAAGUCGAAAGGACAACAAACUCGCUUUUUGUUGUGCCAUUUCACGUGGUGGUUGCUUCUUGAACUUUGAUAUCAAGCAAAUGAUGUUUAAUGUUUACAUGUUUAAUGUUUGACCACGCCAAAACAUAGAGAGCAAUCUUUGAACGGCCGUUGGCUUGAUGGACUUUUGAUGGAGUGACAAAUCAAAUAGUGUGUUGGAUUCCAACCAGAUGGCACAGAGCAAUUCAAGAAAUCAAGUCACACAAGUGAUUUGAAACCAGGGGCACUGGAAGUCACUUACAGCAGGGGGUGCCGUUUUUCCCAUCCAAAAACAGCUGUUUUGCUCCAAAUUUGUCUCCAUACAAGGCGUGCACAAUGGCAGUACGCACACAUGCUGGAUAGUCUAUAUACUACUAAUAGAGUCUACCCACGCACCACGUGUUCGCUGUAGGGUUCCGCCCACUUGUCCGUCAUUUUGACUCUGUAUUUGCAUUGUUUUCAAUUGAUGGCGCAAUUUAAAAUGCAUUUCAUGGAAGACCCGGUUCUUUCUGAUGCCGCAAACUCACUGGAUCUGUUGCAUAAAAGGCGUUAUGAGGAAAAGCUUCGUUCUAUACAGUCGCCAGAUCCAUAUUUGAUGCCCAAAUCGAUGUUUUUCGACCCACUGUCUUCGCCCUGUCUGCCUGACAUCUGCUACGCUGAUAUUUAAAAUGAUCUUGUCCACACAAAAUCAGCCUAUUCUCACGAAAAACUUCAAGAGCUUGGACGCUUAUAAAUACUUCGUUGCUGGUUGGGUGAAACAGGUCCUCGUUUGGCAGGAAUCUAUCUUGUGCUUGGAAAGGUGAGUUACGAAAUUUUCUUUUGUUAUUGCUAACAUCCACUGUCAAGUCUAAUGUAUUUCAUGUCGUUUGUCAAUGGAGUUAAGGCUUUUAAUGUUUAUAUGGUUUAGCGAUAGCACGCACUACAUACAUACGUGUAUGUUGUCGGCGAUUAGCCUAGCAAUGAUCUUAAUUGUGGUUAUUUGUCAGCCCCGUAGACGAGGCCAGUUUCCCUCACUUGGUACCAGCUAAAUAUUAUUCAAAAAAUAACGAUGGUGGAAGAAAGGGAAGUCACAAACAUCUUGAAUUUGAAACUAUGUCGUACUACGUCGUAUGUUGUCGGCGAUUAGCCUAGCAAUGAUCUUAAUUGUGGUUGUCAGGCCAAAACCCUUUAAAUAUAUAUUAAAUGCAUCUUACCGGAUAUAAAAUGACUACUACAUAGUCUGUGGUGAUUUUUUGGUGUCCAAUUUUCACGUCGAAUUGCAGCCGUCCAUUUCGCUCUUCUAUUUGGAUCCCUCGGAAUACGGUAAAAUUUCAAGUCUCUCCUUCCAUCUUCUCUGUUAGUGCAACCAACAGCCACACACGCCUUCACCAUUUUGAUUAUUAAUGUUAAGGAGCAGAAAAACACGCCGUAAAUAGGAGAAAUGUACGUAGCCGUAAUAGGUUAACACUAUGUUUUGACGGACAAGUGGGCGGAACCCUACGCGAACACGUGGUACGUGGGUAGACUCUAUAGGCUAUUACAAAGACAUUGUAUUUCACCUACAGUGUGUGUUGAAGUUUUUGUAUUGGAAAUAAAAGCACCCGUGUAUUAUAAUGCAAAUCCCCGCAGCUAGACGGCGCAAUGAGGCACAAACACGCUUGAAAACAAACUUUUCUCGUUGUUUACUAUUAUAGAACUACCAUCAUAAUCAUCUUCGACCUCAAAUUGAAUUUUAGAAAAUGUUACUGUUUUUGUAAAGAAAAAUGGCUAAUUGGUUUUUGCGCUGUGUUAAUGCUUCCUCUGCUAACAGUUAACUUUUCCAUUCCAAUAACGCCUUAUUCAACGUGAGCAAAAUGUCAAGUGGUGACCAUGUUAUUAAAAAUAACUUUUUCAACAUUUUUUAUGCCCAAAGUUAAAUACGCUAUUGUUUCAAUUAGGGCUGUCAAACUAUUAACAUUUUUAAUCAAGUAAAUCACAGCUUAAAAAUGAAAUAAUCGUAACUAAUUGCAAUUCAAACCAUCUGUAAAAUAUUUUUCUGUAAAUUAUUGUUGAAAUGAAAAGAUACAACACAAGACGGAUAUAUACAUUCAACAUACUGUACAUACGCAAGUACUGCAUUUGUUUAUUAUAACAAUAAAUCCACAAGAUGGCAUUAACAUUAUUAACAUUCUUUCUGUUAAAGGGACACACGGAUAGAAAUACUUGUGGUUCUUAAAAGACCAUGUUAGUACAAGUUACAGUAAUUUGAUAUUAAAACCCCUCUUAAUUUUUUCGUUCUAAUAAAAUUUGUAAAAUUUUCUAUCAAAAAAUGAACUAGUAGCUCACCAUUGUUGACAUCGCCGAGCGCUGACGUCACAGCCGUUCUUCGACAGUGUUUUUAACUACGUAAGGUAGUGAUUGAAAUACGCCACAAGCUGUCAAUGGAGAGUUUUAAAUUACUCGGAAAUCAAGGCAAUGGGUUUGUAUUCUUCCUCGACUGACGCCAUAGUUCCCUGUUUACCGGUCCAUCCACGGUUAUUUGAGUGCUGGCUUCACAACGUACGAGACCUCUGAUAUUUUGUAUAUUGUGACUUAAAUAUUGCCAUCCAGUGUAUUUGUUGAGCUAAACGAAAUAGAGUUUGACCAAAGUCUGAGUAAGUUUUAUGUGUAUUUUGCAGAGAUAUUUUGAUUGGGAAUGCCAUUUCUCUUUGCAUUGAGCACUUUUCAUCUGUGAACAUUAUUUUUUUGAGAUAGGAAUAUUAUUUUUGUUGUGCUUUCACUAAAUGAUACUUAUGUUUGUUGUGAAGGGGUUACCAAAGCUUAUGCUGAUAAAUGGCGCGGUCCAAUGAAUGCUCUUAGCUCUCAAUGUGCAGAAAAUGGCAUCAUUGUAAUCUGUUUGAGGCAAUGCAUGAGCGGGUCAUUCCGCGCAUGUGCUAAAUGCGUAAAUUAUUUUAAAGUGAUUAAUUAAAAUGAUUAGUUACCGCCUGUUAACGUAAUAUAUUUGACAGCACUAGUUUCAAUAUGUUUUAUGUAUUUUUAACAAAAAAACACACAAAAAAAGACCAAAACAUUUUUUUCUCUAGGGGGUGCUGCAGAACCAUCAGCACCCCACUUCCAGCGCCACUGUUUGAAAGUUUUCUCCCCCAUCUUCGUUUAAGCUAACACUGUUCACCUUUAGCUGCCUUGCUAAAGGUUUUUAGCUAAUACAUUAUCGUUUUUAAGACAGCAGUAGUUCUAAUAGGGUGUUAAAUACAACUCAUACACUGCCAUCUAAACAAGCAUUCCAGGUCACUUCCUGUUGAUUUUGGGUCACUUCUGGAACACUUCCUCUUGAUUUUGGAGCAUUUCCAGGUCACUUCCUGUUAACUUUAGAUUACUUGUUGGUUUUGGGUCACUUAAAAUACAAUAAUAGUAUAGUAUGCAUUUGAUCAGGAGGUUUGGACUUGUAUCUAUCAACAUCAACGGCACUGAAAUAUGAUGACACUUUCAAAAUGUGUUACAUUGUCUUUAUUGUGAUUUUUUUAAAUAUUCUAUUUGUGAGCAUUACAUUUCCACAUUUUGGCCAAAAGUCGUGCAUGCUUAUUAGUUGUUGUUUUCGAAAUGAUCAGGUGAGACAAUUACAAAAAAUGAAAUAAAAAAGCGCAGCAGACAGUUAUGUACAUGUACAUGUCAGGCCCAGACUUGAAUGGAACGGCAGUUCUUUAUUCAGCGUGCUUCUUAGCAUACAGUGGGGCAAAUAAGUAUUAAGUCAACCACCAAUUGUGCAAGUUCUCCUACUUGAAAAGAUCAGAGAAGCCUGUAAUUGUCAACAUGGGUAAACCUCAACCAAGAGAGACAGAAUGUGGAAAAAAAAAAAAACAGAAAAUCACAGUUUGAUUUUUAAAGAAUUUAUUUCCAAAUUAGAGUGGAAAAUAAGUAUUUGGUCACCUACAAAUAAGCAAGAUUUCUGGCUGUCAAAGAGGUCUAACUUCUUCUGACGAGGCUCCACUCGUUACCUGUAUUAAUGGCACCUGUCCACAAUCU